UCGUGUUCUUCUGCCAUCCUAGGGAAUUUGGGUAUGUUACAGCAAGAUGCAUGUAUUGUGUGUUUGAAUGUUGUGCCAUUUGUGUUCUUUUAUUUUGACUGUUCAUUUGUAUUGUUUGUUUGACCAGGUAAUUUUCUGCAAAGUGUAUUUUGGACUAUGUGCUAAAAUGGGCCUUGAAGAAUUAAUACAUGCAGUAGAAAAGCAUCCAGAGGUCUACGACUCCAGCUUAUCAAGCUAUCAUGAUCGCUAUAAACGCAAGCUAGCAUGGCUAGAUAUAUGUAAGGAUGUAUUUAUGGAUUGGGAGAGCUUGACUGAAACUCAGCAAAAAUUAAAAGAAAAAGAAAUUCAGACUCGUUGGCGGUCUAUACGUGAUCGAUUCCGCAAAGAUUUUCAAGCUUCAAACAGUACAAAAAGUGGAUCGUCACCACAGAGUUUGAAAACUCAUCCAUAUUUUAAGGAACUGAUGUUUUUACAGAAGACAGUAGAAGUGAGAGAAACUUCAACUAACCUUGAGGAAAAUUCUUCAGAGAUGUGCGCUGUUGGUGGGUUAGAUGAGGAAGAGGAAACUGAAUACUCACUACCUUCCCCGUUAGAUAUUGAAAGGUCUGAACCAGAAAAUUCUGCAAAGAAGGCAAAUCCUCCAAAAAAAAUUCUUUCAUCUAAAAAUGCUGGUUGUCGCAAAAAGAGUAAAUCUGAUUCUGCUGACGAAUCAUUUCAAGAUGUGCUGAGUAUUUUAAAUAAUUUACAGAACGAAUUACAUGAACAUCAGAAAGCUAAAGCUAUACAAUGUGAUGAUGAUGAAGCAACUUGCUUUGCUAAAAGCUUGAUUGUUCACAUUAGGCAGGUUCCUGAAAACAAGCUGUUACAGAUGAAAGUUGCAGUCCUUAAUUGUAUAGAUACUUUUAUUAAGAGUUCUGUUAAUCCAGAAUAUAGACCAAAAGAGUAUUCUACACUUCCUCCAGUUGCAGGGCCUCAAAUAUACUCGAACACAUAUGAUUACAGUGUACCAUACCAGAUGUGUACAGAACAACCUUCAUUUUCCAAGUUUCAUAGUGUGAAAAUGCCAAACUAUACUAAAAACACAUUGCAAACAAACAUUCAGUCAUCAACCUAUCCAACUUACCAUCCUCAAGUAAAUUUUUUGCAAAACUCAAACCCUCAUCCUUACACACAACAGUUAACCAACAGGCAGUAUCAAGCACAAACCUCUCACCAUUCCUUUGAAAACAACACACAGCCACCACUCCUGAAGCACAAUAUACCAAUGCAUGUCAUUCCACUGCAAUCACAAGUAGAUAAAUUGCAAACAAACCCACCGAAUUUGUCAGUGCAGCAUCAGGCAACUUCCUUUACAAAACAACCUCAUUCAGGACAUAUUAAUGCAAACCCUUUAAAUGAGAAUCAAACAACAGAGUCAUUCCUAAAUGUUAACACAAACACUGCUAAUUUAAUCAGACCACCAUCUGCAGAGAAUGUUUCUCAGGAGACAGACUAUAAUGCUAAUUCGGUGUGUAAGAAAUAUUCAUUUCUGCGUGAUCUUGGAGUUGAUGUUGUUGAGUAAUACAUAUAAUUUGUAAAUGUGAUCUGUAAUGUUUAGAUUUAUGUGCAAUAUUGCAAGUUUUUGGUUCAACACAUUCACAUAUACUACUCUUCAAUGUUUUUGGAAGAAAGUGUGUAAAUUUCAACAAUACUUUAUAUGAUACAUUCUUUUAAAUGUGUUAUAUUUUUGAUUUCAACAAUGGCAUAAGUAGCAUUAUGAUAUCCAAAUCUUCCAGGAUACAAAGCACUGCUCGCACACCCUACC